AUGUCAUCCUGUACAACUGAAAAGCCGUUGUUACCAUCAGUGUCGAAGGAGGAUGACGUUCUUACGAGGUCUUCCUCUGUAGACGAGAUCAUCACCAUGGGGAAAGAUGUUGCAAUACCGAACAAUAACGAAGUCGUAAAACCGAAUAAAACAGCAAACUCCACCAAAUCAUUCUCGUCAAACACAGUUGAUACACUCUCAACGCUUGAUGACACGUACAAGUCGAGGAUGAAUCAAUUUGAUAGGUUUAAUGACGGAAACGUUUUGGACGAGGAAAGUUUUAACUCGGUGUUUCCAGAAAUUAUUAGUCAACAUAUUGCAAAGCAAUGUAUGGGAAUGAAAGUGAUCAUAGAUCCAUUUUGUGGAGCAGGUAGAAAUGUUAUUCAACUUGCCAGAGUUUGCGAUUCGGAUUGCAUUGUAACAUCACCGCCUUGGGGUGGUCCUAUCUAUAAACAACAACAAUUACUUAGUCCUAAAAAUAUUUUGGUCGACAAAAUUUUGGAGUUAGGGAUAAAGUUGGCACCAAAGAUCUUAUUACACAUGCCGAAAAAUCUAAACACAACCGAAUGCAUUUGGAUUGGAAAAAAUUACAAAAUAAGGACUUACAAGGAAGAGACAAUAAAAAUUAACUAGUAUCGUAAUUGCAAAUU